AUGCGGGUGACCGACAUACGCGUAAUCACCGACUCACAGCUGGUGGCCAGGCAGCUCGAUGGCGAAUACGAAGCCCGGGACUCGACCAUGGCGAAAUACUUGGCGCAGGUAAAAAACCUUGCCACCAGGUUCGUCCAUUUUGAAUUGUCGAAUGUUCCCAGGAGCGAGAACCAGCGAGCCGACACCCUAGCAAAACUGGCGUCCGGCUCGGCCCCCAGGGCUCGUCCCGAGGCCGAAGAGCUCCCCCACCGAGCCAUAGAGGUCGUCACCACAGUCACGGACGGCGCGCCGGCCACUUGGGUACAAGAGAUGCUACGCUUCAAGCGAGACGGGACCCUACCCGACGACGAAACAGCGGCUCGACGCUUGCGUCGGACACAGGCAUGGUACUCUGAAGAAGGAGGACGAUUGUACAAGCGAUCUUUCUCACGCCCCUUGCUACGCUGCCUAGAGCCGAACGAAGCCCGGACGGUUCUGUCCGACAUGCAUGAAGGAGCCUGCGGGGAACAUAUAGGCGAACGAGCCCUGGCGCACAAGGUACUCCGACAGGGGUAUUACUGGCCGACCAUGCGCCAGGAUGCGAAAGCUUUCGUGCGGCGAUGCAGCUCAUGCCAAGAGCACGCCCGCAUCUCCCGGCGGCCGGCGGUCCUGUUCACCCCCGUCGACUGUGCUUGGCCAUUCGCGCAGUGGGUCGAAGCCGAGCCCCUAGCCACCAUUACGGAGUCACAAGUGGAAAGGUUCGUGUGGAGAAACCUCAUAACUCGGUUUGGCCUGCCCCAGUCCAUCGUCACCGACAAUGGACCUCAAUUCGCCGGAAGGAGGUUCCAAGAGUUUUGCGCCGAGCACAAAAUUCAGCUGAGAUUCAGCUCGGUGGCUUACCCCCAGGCGAACGGGCUAGCUGAAGUAACCAACCGGUCUAUCGUCGACGGUCUCAAGAGGAGGGUGUCCGCUGCCCGAUCGGCUUGGAUCGAUGAGCUCCCGAGCGUCCUGUGGGCGCUGCGCACUACCCCCAAGACCCCGACCGGGGAGUCUCCCUACAGCCUCACGUUCGGGACCGAGGCCGUAUUACCAUCCGAAGUAGCCGUCCCAACUCCGCGGACAGCAAGCUACAGCGAAGAGGCCUCGUGUGAAGGACUCUGA